AUGUCAGAUAAACUACUGCACAAUCUCAACAAGUCAAUCUCGGACCUGAAAGGAGAUGUACAGGAGCUGGGAGACAGAACAGCCCGCAUGGAAAACCGCAGGGGCGAGUACGCAGAAGAACAUAACGACAUGGCUGAUCAUGUCCACCAAUUGGAACAGGCACUAGAGUCUUGCCAGUAUAAAGUCAUGGACCUGGAAGACAGGCCGAGAAGACAGAACAUACGGCUAAGGGGAAUACCUGAGACGGUGAAACAGCCCGAAAUCAUGGCGUACCUCACGGAAUACUUUUAA